AUGAAUCAAAAUUUUAAAAUUCAUAUGCUAUUCGUCGUUAUUUAUCUUUUAAUUGUACCAACAUCGUUAGAUUCAAAACGAUUUGGACUAACAGACUCAUCGUCGAAUGUACCGUUAUCUCAUUAUCAACGUUUAGCCAAAAGCUGUUACAUUCGUAAUUUUGAUCAAUGGUCGGAGAGACAAAAAGAAUUAUCCUUGCUGAUAAAAGUCUCAAAGAUGAUGCAAUUAAAUUUCAAAGAUCAUCCCGAAGUACAACGUGAAAUUGAACAACAUCGACUACAAUAUGAAUGCUUGAAAAUUUUUGGUCGAUUACCCGUGUCUAUUGGUCCAGGAUAA